CAGCGAGAGAGAAAGAGGUGGCCGGACUGUGCGUAAAAGUAGUGCGGUUACAAUGCGCUCCACUGGAGACAAGAUGCACGGAUAGAGGAGAGGCGCAAAGGGAAUCCACAGCAGGAUCCGUGCGCCUUCUCCAGGUUUGGAGGGCGGUGGAGGCACAGAAAGAGAGACAGAGAUACAGGAGGUUAUAGCGACAGUGAAGCCUACACACGCAGCCUGAAACGACGUGCGAUGGAGGAGCUGUGCGAUAUGGACUGCCCGCUGCUGAAGCGGCUCCUGAAGGACGACAGCGCCAAGUGCCUGCUGUUGGACUGCCGCUCGUUUCUCGCCUUCAGCGCGGGACACAUCCGAGGCGCAGUCAACGCCCGCUGCAACACAAUCGUCCGACGCAGGGCUAAGGGCUCCGUGCUGAGUCUGGAGCAGGUACUGGCCGGGGACGAGGAGGUCCGGAGCCGCCUCCGCUCCGGGAUGUACUCCGCCGUGGUGCUGUACGACGAGAGGACGCCGGACUCCGAGACGGUGAAGGAGGACAGCACCGUCACCCUGGUGCUCAACGCGCUAUGCAGGGACUCCUCCGGCACGGACAUAUACCUGCUCAAAGGUGGAUAUGACAGGUUUUUCACAGAGUACCCAGAGUAUUGUUUGAAGACCAAAUCCUUACCAUCCCUCGCCAGCCAGUCCAGCAUCGACUCAGCCUGCUCGUCUUGUGGAACUCCACACCAUGACCAGGGUGGACCGGUUGAGAUCCUGCCUUUCCUCUAUCUUGGUAGCGCUCUGCACGCCUCAAAGAAGGAGGUUUUGGACGCCAUAGGAAUCUCCGCCUUGCUGAACGUGUCGUCCGACUGUCCCAACCACUUCGAGGGGGUGUACCAAUACAAAUGUAUCCCUGUGGAGGACAACCACAAAGAAGACAUCAGCUGCUGGUUCCUGGAGGCUAUCGAGUUCAUAGACUCAGUACGGGAUUCCAGUGGGCGAGUCCUAGUCCACUGUCAAGCAGGCAUCUCCCGCUCCGCCACCAUCUGCCUGGCCUACCUGAUGAAGAGGAAGCGGGUGCGUCUGGACGAAGCCUUCGAGUUCGUGCGCCGGCGCCGCAGCAUCAUCUCCCCAAACUUCAGCUUCAUGGGCCAGCUGCUGCAGUUCGAGUCGCAGCUCCUGGCCACCUCGUGCGCUGCCGAAGCCGCCGCCACGGCCAGCCCGCUGCUCGGACCCAAGUCCUCGACCACCACCACCUCGACCACAGCGACGCCCACCUCUCCGUUCAUCUUCAACUUCCCAGUUUCUGUGGUGAACUCGGCCUACCUGCACCACAGCCCGAUCACGACCUCCCCAGGCUGCUGAUGGACAGCCAAUCACAAGAGACUUCCUUCCCUCUGACAAAGUAGACUGAGCACAGACUGGGCUGCCAUUGGCUGAAAGAGCUGUCAGUCUUUGCUGACCGCUGCAGUAUGUACAUGCUUCCAGGGCGGGGAGGUGAGAAGCGUCACGGUGCCUGAUUUAAAACUCAAAGACUGAAAAAAAAAAAACUUUCUUAGCUCAGAAACCAGCCAACGCUCCUUCCAUUUUAACAUGAGUUUAAUUCAAAUUGACCAAAAAUGAACUGGCUUUUAAAACUUGUUUCAUUAAGCGAGCUCGGACCGAGUGUUGGACUAAAGUUUACUGAAGAUACACCCUCUUCCUUGAAACAACAACAACAACAACAACAACAACAUGCACAGAGGCACACUGACACAGAGAGGCAUGAGGAGCAGCGAACACUCUCGCUCUCUCUCCCUCACACACACACACACACACACACACACACACACACACACACACACACACAUUCAUGACUACCAACUGAAUAAGCUCAGUAUGAAGACAGGGUCUGUUGCUAUGGAGACGACAGGUCUUUAGGAGAGGAGAUGGACACAGGAAGGAAGGAGGAAUUUUAAGCACCCGCUCUUUCCCUUUUGGCUGUCCUCCUGUUGCCAGACAAAAGAGAUGGAUGGAAGAAAGAGGGGAGGAGAGGGUGAUAGAAAGCAGGAGCCUCUUCAGUGACAGGUGCUCCACCGGCAAUCCGACCGGAGUUUCCUGUCUUUCAUACGUCCUCUUCCUCUCUCUGUCUCUCCCACACACCUUCCUCUCCUCUCAUCCCCUUUUCAUCCUUUUAUGUUCCUCCACUCCUCCUCCUCCUCUUCCUCCUCUUCUCAUCUCUGCCUCUCAUCUUCACCCCAUCAAACCCCCUCCCCCCCCUCCCCCUCCUCUCCUCGGAUCCUCAUCUCCUCGCUGAAGAGGCUAAAUAAAUAAAACGAAAUGCCAAAUAAAGGCCAGGGCCCCUAGCAAGUGGACUGGGAAACCCCUCUGCAGGCCCCUGAUACACACUCUAGGAAACUCUGUCACGUCUCCCUCUGCUACAUCACACAAAAAAAAAACCUUUUUAUUUUUAAUGAAAGGGCUGAGAGAAAAACAAACAUGAGAGGAUGAAGUCAUCACAACAGUUCAGUCAGUCUCUUUUUGCUAAAAACUUUUGAGCACGUGUUGCUUUUGGGACAUUUUGUGGCGGCAUUGUCUUCUCCUGGAUUUUCAUUUUAGUUCAGAGAGCACAGUGGCCCUGGAAGACAGCCACUUAAAGGACCAUGCUGGCAUUUUUGUAUAUUUAAACCCAUUAUUAAUAAUAAUAAUAACAUGCGUUUAACUUUGAAGAUAUUGGUUUCAGUUCUUCUGUGCAGGUUUAUUUUCAUAGCAUACUGAAAUGAAUUGAAAACAUUGGCUCCUAUAGGAUGCUUUGGAAUAUGGUCUUUUUUUUUUUUUGGUGAAUGGGCUAAAAUGUGCAUCACCAGCGAAUGGUCCUUUAAGAUGUUUGUGCCUUGAUCAUACAGGUGUCCCAUGGAUUUACAACAGUAGCGACCCUGGUUGUGCCAGUGGAGCAAUUGUUGUUUGUUUUUUUUUCUUAGCUGCUAGAAAGCAGAUUGCUGAAUGUUUGUCAAAAAAAAAUCUCCACAUUUCAGCAGUGUAGUACAGAUUCUUAUUCCGCAAUGUCAAAAGAGCAAAAGCUUUUCUUUCCACACACAUAAUGUACAUGAGUAGGUGUGAGUCUAUAUUAGGCCUCAGACUCACGGUGGAUUCGACAACAAAGACAGACUUCCAAAACAGUGAAUAGACAUUUAAAAAAAUGAAAGUGAAAUAAUGAAAACUCAGGUUAUUUUAAAUACAUUACAAAUAAUCCUGCAAUUUUGGAUUCCAGCUCACUUAAAAUGACAUUUUAAAUUGGAGCAAAUUGGAGGAUUUUUAACAGCAAUAUUUUUCUCAUCCUCCAAUUCUUUAACAAAUCCAUCCUACUGUGCUAGAUUUUUAAAGACAAGACAUCCAAACAUGGCUACUUUAACACUCUGCUAACCAAACAAUAGGCUUAAAAGAACAGUGUCCUUCUUCAUUAGGGUAACCCAGGUACAAAAAAAAGAAAAAAUAUGAAGAUCUGCCAUUGAUUUCACUUUUUAAAUCCUCACUGAAAACAAGGAGCGAUGGAAAAAAAUAGAAGAAAGCUUUGAGCCUUGAGGUCAUAAUCCAAUAACAUUCAGUUUUCUCAGUGUGCUCUGAUGUACACACACAUACAACACAACAACCACAACCCUUCUCUGUUUUGAAGAUUGUCCACAGCUCUCUCCGUAGCGCUUUGAAGUCAUGCAAUACUGCACUUACAAUCCAUUCAAGAAAAAACGACAGUGACUCUGUAGGACUUUCUAACAUCAUGUCAGUUCCUCAUAAUAUCAGAAUUUGAGACAAUGUUUGUAUUGCUUCUGCUUUUGACCAGUCCAAGCUCUACACUCUGUACUAGACAUCCAAAGGCACAAAGUCCAACCACGGUCGCUUUUAUACCUGAGUCCUGUUGUACGCACAAACACACACACACACACACACACACACACACACACACACACACACACACACACACACACACACACACAUACACAUACACACACAGGAUUUCAAAGAAAACAAACCUUUUUCCGUUUUUGAAGAUUGUUGGCACCUAUCUCUGUAGCACUUUGAAGUGAUGCAAUACUGUAUUUAUAAUUUAUGAUUGAUUUGCACAUCAUGGUGAUGAUAGACUGACUAGACUUUGCAGAAAGACAUUUUGUCCAUGUAGAGAGAGAGAGAGAGAGAGAGAGAGAGAGAGAGAGAGAGAGAGAGAG